AUGCGGAGGCGCGGGCCACCAGCGAUCGGAGCUGUCGUCGCCCUGUUGCUCUGUUAUGGCGCGCUGUCUGCCGGCGGCGUGCUGCUGACCGGCGUAGUAGACGAUGACGGAGACGGCUACGACUCGACGAGUCCGCAACUUCCGGACGAGACGUCGUGGAACAACACCGUCCGCAUGUCCGUACUUCUUCCGGGCAACUCGUCGUACCUGUUCUCCCUGGCCCGGGUGCGGCCUGCCGUCGAACUGGCCGUGUCCCGGUCGUCUCGCGAGUUCGGCUGGCAGUUCCGCGUCACGUACCGGGACUCCGGCUGCCAGUCUCCGCUGGCGACGAUGCACGCGGUCCGAGACCACGCGCGUGGCGCGGCGCACGUUUUCGUGGGGCCCGCGUGCGACUACGCCGCCGCUUCGGUGGCUCGCCUGCUCAAGUUUUGGCGCUUGCCGAUGGUGACCGCGGGCGCGCUGGCGUACGACUUCUGGGACAAGAUGCACGAAGGCAGCGAGUACUAUCUGAUGACUCGCGCGGGACUGUCCUUCUCCGGUCUGUGCCAGGGGUUCCUGGGGCUUUGCCGUCGCUUCGGCUGGCGUCGCAUGCUCAUUCUCUUCGAGUCCGAGGCGCGAAAGGAGUCGCACGGCGACGACUACUGCUUCCUGUGGGCCAAGGCCAUGGCGCAGUUGCUCCGCAACUCCUCGGAUAACUUUGAGUUCGACGGAGUGAAGCUGGACAAGAGGACUCCGCUGAAGCAGCAGCUCAUCAAGGCGGCUUCGACAAAAUGGUCCAGUGAGUACAAAUGA